AGAGCCUCACUCCCCUCAUCAAUCGGAAAGCUAUUAUUUACUCCAGAUUCCGGUCAUUAUCUUAUAAACCACCUUACGAACGUGUUCAGCAAAUAGUAAGAAAUUUUCCCGCCAACCAUGUCGAAUGGAAGUGAUGAAAUUAUCAAAACCAUAGCUGUCAUAGAUUUGGAAACAAACGGUCUGCCAUGGCAACAGGGCAAUACGUGCGCCAUAACAGAACUUAGCAUAUAUGCCUUUGCCGCCACUUGCCUUAGUGGACACAAGGAGGAAUCUCUGCUUCGAGAAUUGGACGAUGAUCUGCAGAUUGUGGAAAAAAUUCAGCCGCCAAUGUUGCCCCGCGUCCUGCAUAAGAUCACAUUGAUGAUCAAUCCGAAUAAGGAAAUACAUCCGGAGGCUGCCAAGAUUUCAGGCCUAACAAAUAAUUUAUUACAACGAGAGGCACCCUUCGAUGAGAAUACAGCAAACUGUCUAUUCAUGUUUUUAGAACGCCUUCCCGCACCAGUUUGUUUUGUGGCCCACAAUGGCUGGUCUUUCGAUUAUCCGGUCAUACGUUAUGUUCUGCAGACUAUUGAUAAGUCCAUGCCAUCCUCAAUAUUCUGCAUUGAUUCCUUCAAAGCAUUUCGUGAAUUUGAUGAAAAGGAACUAAAAAUAAAUGCCAUCAAAGAACAACUACAACAAAUGCAAUAUAACAAUUCAACAAAAGAUUCAAAUAACUGUGAUAUUUUGGCAUCCACUCUGGUUGCAGCUGAAAAUGAGAAGCGUCAGUUUGCCUUGAACAUGUAUCGGCAAAUAUUUUCUCAACCCUUUACACCGGCCACAAGAUUCCCCAAAAAAGGUGUAUAUGUUUUGGGUAAUUUCUAUGAACGAGUCUUUCAACAGAAACCCAUGAAUUUACAUCGUGCCGAAGCUGAUGUGGAGAUUUUAACAAAAUUGAUUUUACACUAUGGCCUUGUGUUUUUGGCCUAUGCCGAGGAACGCAAACAAUCCUUUGAUGAGGUAUUGCCUCUGGGAUGUCGUUCAUAGUGGGUGAUUGGAAAUGACGCGAUUUACAUGUCUAGACUUAAUUUUAGGGCAAAUUUUACAUUACAUUACAUUUUGUGUAACUCGAAUAUUUUUUUACUAUUAAAAAUCAAUUUUUUAUACAGAAA